AUGAGAAACCUCUAUUUCAGAAUCGUUACCGUGGUUAUAGGUCUCUAUUUUACUGGAACAAUGGCAAACACAUCAAGAAACAGCAAUAUUCUAUUCAAUUCUCAGUGCCAACAGAAUGGAUAUCUUCUGAAAAAUUGUUCUUUUACUAGAAAGCAUGCUAUACAUCUGGACACAUCACAGACAUCAGUCACAGUGGAGGCAAAUUUCAAUUUCUUUAGACUUCUCUUACAGUCUAACAUGAAAAAAGAAGAAUGGAAAAUAAGGCAUCUGGACCUCAGUGACAAUCUCAUACCGAAAAUAACCUUAAGUACUCUUGCAGACUUACAGGGUUUGGAAAUAUUAAACCUCAGCAAUAAUGCUAUCCACUUAAUUUCACUGGAUCUACCAAGUCAUAAGUCCUUAUGGGUGAAGCACCACAGAAGCAGAAAUGGCCUUCCAUUUCUAAAGGUGCUAAUUCUUCAGAGAAAUAAACUCAGUUACACUCCCAAGGGACUGUGGAAACUGAGGUCAUUACAGAGUUUGGAUCUAUCAUUCAAUGGGAUAUCGCAAAUUGGUUUGACUGAUUUUCAUAACUGCCUACAGCUGGAGAACCUCUAUUUAAAGGGCAACAAGAUCUUCAGAAUUCACCCAGAAGCCUUCAAGAAUCUCAAAAAAUUACAGGUUGUAGACCUCAGCAGCAAUGCUCUGACCACCAUCCAAUCGAUGAUGUCGAUGAUGGUCAUUGCUCUAGAACUUCCCCAUCUGGAGGUUGACUUGGCUGACAACCAAUGGCAGUGUGACGAUAGCACGACAGUCUUCCAAGAUUUCAUUUCUGAAUCCUGGAGGAAAAGGUGGAAUGAAAUUUGCAACAAGUCUAUAGGGAAUGAGGAGGCAUUCUGGUGGACUUCCAAAAUCAGAAUUUCCAGGAGGACCCACCUCCCUCACAUUCAUCUGAAUCAUAUGAAAAAACUUCUACCAAGCCAAGAAGAGAGGUCCCAGGAAGCAAUGUCCGUGAGCCUUUCCACUUCGGGGAAGAAGGAACGUGUCAGGUCUGAUAUCAACAAGAAGCAGAGACGUCUGCCAAGAUGGGUUAGAAAUGCCUGGGACGAUGAAACUCUUGGCAGAAGAGAAGACAAUUACCACGACCUCACCCUGGCGGUCUGCCUGUCGGUGUUUAUCACAUUCUUCGUUGCUUUCUGCCUGGGGGCUUUGACAAGGCCUUAUAUUGACAGACUGUGGCAACAAAGAUGCUGGAACAAAAGCCCGGGUUCAAAAAAUACAUAUUCAAAUGAGGGCUUCCAUGAUGAAAUUGAAGUUGCAGGGAACAUACAGCCCCCAACCACAUUUCCACACCAAGCUUUUCAUGGUCUAAACCUCUAUGAGAACCAGGACUCUGUCCCAGUGAUGCCAAGGCCACACACUGUUGUCACUUGUGACAGAGCUCUUAGAAGCAGCAGAAAGGGGGCUGGCAGCUGGCAGAGCACCACAGAGUGUGGAAAUAACACUGGGGCAGGAAACAGAAAUGAUAGCCUGCUUCCAAAUGGCAAUGCAACCCAUUCCAUUCUCCCCAGACAUCCAAAUGCUGAUAAUAAUAAACCAAUUUCAGCAGCACAGGAUCACAUCUAUAGGAAUGAUAUUCUCGGAGGGUUAAAUUAUGACACUGUGGCCCAGGAAGAUUCUCUUGGUGAGCAUUCAACCAACUUCUCUUCAGGAGCUAGCAGAUUACAAACUAUCUCUGGUUCAAUCCAUAAUGAUUCUAAUGAAUUAAACCCAUUGGUCUCAAGAGAAAUGACAGCUUCUCUCUCUAAAAUGCAAAUGCAUACCAAUGCCUGGAGGACUGGAGAGAAUGAGGAAAGAGGGGCCGCUGAACAGUUACCUUCAGGAGGUCUAGGCUCUCAGCUGGAAUUUUCUAAGGAAAUGCAAAUGAGCACAUGUAUUAAUUUACUGAGCACUCAGCAGCAAAUGCUCAAAGAGGCAAGUCCUGAGGAAGAGGCUUCAGCCUACUACAGCACAGUCACAUACAGUGAUCCAGGAGAUACGGAUCCAUCCAUCUUUCCUCCAAGAUGGGGCAGUGACAUGGAUGUCACUCCUGCCCACAAGGAACCACAGCAGAACUGUGUUCCUUCUGAUACUCAGGUUGAGUUGGAGACAGACUAUGAUUCUGAUGAAGGGUCUUUAUUUACUCUAAGUUCAGUAAGUUCAGAAGGUACAAGGAAUAUGACUGAAGACGAGGCAUAUGGCGAGGAGAGCUAUAGGGCCAGGGAGUCACCGGAGAAUGAGAAUGCAGAGGGAAGGAUGGACAACACUAGAUCAUUAGAGAGUCUUGAAGACAACAUCACCUUCCAGAACAUUCUGGAGAAAUGUGAGAAUCAGGAAGAUCAUUUUGAAAAGCCUCUCGUUUCUGGUCCAGACUCUGGUUUGUGCGAGACUGAUCAGGAAAGUGCUUCUAACACCAAUAAAUUUGAGGAUCCAUUAACGUUGCCCAGAUCCCUGAGCACUAGUCCUUUGAGUGUGGAGAUUCCAGGCAUGUUCAUUUAUGAUUAUGUCAUAGCUCCUGAGUCAGAGGCACCAGAAUGGCAUUGUUCACUGAGAGACCUAGAAUUUUCAAAUGUAGAUAUUUUACCACAAACACCACCAUCUUCUGCUGAUGUUCCCUCACAUCCUGAUCAGCGUGCCUGCAAUGAAGGAGACUCAGACAUUUGUAAUUAUGAGCCAUUCAUUCAGGGAAUAGACACAGUUCAAAAAGAUAGUCCUCUCAAGAUCGUAACAGGGGAAAACUUAAGACCCUCACAACAAGAUUCCAAAAAGCACAGCAUGGAAUCCAACCCAAUGGACACUGAGGCAAAUGAGGAGUUUGUAUGUCCACUUGAGGACAAUGAUUCGAGUAAGGUUAUAAGCCAGACACAAUCAUUACAAUCCUAUGGUGAUGAACCUGUCCUUCAAUGUGAAAGAGAAGGAAGUGAAUAUUUUGAACACUAUUCAAAGUGCCAGGGACCGUUAUUCCAAGAGCUUCCAAAUAAAAGCAGUUCCCUAAGAACACAAGAGUACUUCAGUGAUAGAGAUUAG